AUUGUGACCAUUGUGGCCAUUGCGGACACUCCCAUGUCAAUCACAUGGCCGAUUACAUGCACCAACGUCUGUCGUCCUUCCCAAAUUCCGUGGAAAUGGAACGGCAGAUUGGCAAAGCAUUCAUGAUGGAUGGGCGAAGCACUGUGGCAUGGCAAAUCGGCAUCCAGGCCCAAAAUCGAACCACAUCCCACGCUUCCAGCAAGUUCCGGUCUUUGAAUACCCGGUCCCAAUUCCUACGACCCCUCCCCGCCUCUCUUUGGCCCUGGGCCUGGGCGCUCUCUCCACCUGAUCGGAAGCCCAAAAGCAGAGGUACGUCAGGACUGGGCCGUAAUAAUCAGAGUGUUCCGUCCAAGCACUGCGACCAGAGACGGGCCCCUGUCACGCCCAUGGUACCCCUCAGACCGGUCAAAAACAAUUCAGCACGGAGUAAUGUUGUCUCUCCUCACCGAGUCCACUCUUCUCUCUCACAGACUCGACCAUCUUCACCCUUCCCAGCAGCCCGUCGAGCCGCCGCUUCAAUCGCUUGACGCCCAGUCACUACGGCCACCACACCGCCAGCCGCCAGCCCACUCAGCCCGCAGCUCGCAUCGGCCGUCAUCCCUACCUCCAUCGCGGCCGCAAGCAUAUCGGCCUGCUCGACACACCAAGCCUCGCUCCAGAACCGACGCCAGUACCACAGCAGCCGGCGUCAAUAUCGACAGCAGCACCACCGCCCAGCCAAGCCCGGGCGACGCAUCGCAUCCCAACAGCGACACCACCGUCUCCUCCUCGCCUUAUUCUCUCACAUCAAGUCUGGACGUUGGCUAGUCUGCCCUACUUACUUAUCUCGUUGUCGUUGGGCCCCCUCUCCCGCCGACCUCGCCUUUCUCA